AUGCCAGCCAAUUGGCGCUAUUUUUCGAUUGCACUGGGAAAGAAACCAGAGCAGUGGCCAAUGACACGUGAGCUCUAAAGAGGGCGUUGCAGGAAAGCUGUAGGUGACAGCAAAACUCCUCCUUUUCUCGCGGUGAGCAGGAGUGCUCUGUGGUGAACAUGGCAGAUGCAGCUUAAGGUUCAGGCUGCUCCCUCCGCCGCCGCCGCCGCCUCCUCCUCACUAUACAACUUGGCUGUCCAGCAAUUUCCCUUGGCGCUGGCGGGAGAGGUAGCUGGCCAGGAAAGAGCAGCCGGGUUCGGGGCUGUGUGUGUGCGCGUGGUGGGGAAGAGAGGCGCCCUGGGCUGUGUGAUGAUCCGGGUAUGGAGGGCAAACAGGGGGGAGCACCUGGGGCCGCUGCUUUGCUGCUGAGCCGCUCUGGGAGCCGCGGGGCGCAGCAGGGACCAGCUGCCAGGCAACGUGCCGGCCACUGCUGCCGGGCUCGGGGGCGGCGUGUCCCCCUUCCCGGGGCGGCGGCGGCGCUGGGCUGGGUCUGAGCGCUCCUUGCAGUGCCGCUCGCUGCCGCGGCGCUUAGCAGCUCGGCGCCCUUCCCCAGGCAGGGGCGGAGGGCGCACACGGGAGGAAAAGGGGGCGCCGAGCCGGCCAGGGGCAGAGAGCAGCAGCCAUGCUGCCCGGGGUGGGGGUGUUCGGCACCAGCCUCACCGCCCGGGUCAUCAUCCCGCUGCUGAAGGACGAGGGCUUCUCGGUCAAAGCGAUUUGGGGCCGGACCCAGGAGGAGGCGGAGGAGCUGGCCAAGGAGAUGAGCGUCCCCUUCUACACCAGCCGGAUAGACGAGGUCUUGCUGCACCAGGACGUGGACCUGGUCUGCAUCAACCUGCCGCCGCCGCUCACCAGGCAGAUCGCGGUCAAAACCCUGGUGGCCAGUGCCAGAUGCUUCAGAGAGCGUGAACAAAACAGGCAAUUUUGAGUGACACAUCCCUUGCCAUCCAGUUUGAGUUUCUAGCAAUCAGCAGUUUAGGGAUACUCAGAGCAUGGGCUUGCAUCCUUGACAAUCUUGGCUAAUAGCCAUUAAUGGACCUAUCCUCCAUGAACUUAUCUAAUUCUUUUUUGAACCCAAGAUGAUCAUGGAAAAGUCAACAGAGGUACAUCAGUUUAUACUAGUUGAUGAACUGAUCCAGAGUUUGUAAAGAACUCUGAUCUUCUGGGAUGAAAGAUGCCACAUAAAUGAAAAAUGUGAUUAAGAUAAAACUGUGUCUAUACCAGACCUUUUUCUAACUCCAAGAUGAGGCUACAUGAGAAGAGUAACUUAUAUUAUAAGCAUCCCACUCUUAUGAACAAAAGAUUUAUGACCUUAUUUCUAUAAACAAAAUAAGCAAUAAAAAUAAGUAGCAAUACUUCUACAGCA